AUGAGUGACAAGGCAUGGUUUUUGGCCUGUGAUAUGCACAGAUCCAAGCGGGACUUCCUUCUGUUGCACUGUAAACCAGCAGCCCUCAGGGUGAUUGGGCUCUCCAGCCACGGGCAGCCAACCUCCUGUGGGAAGAAGCUCUGCAGCCGCGGGAGCCGGUGUGUGCUCAGCAGGGAGACCGGGGAGCCCGAGUGCCAGUGCCUGGAGGCCUGCAGGCCCAGCUACGUGCCCGUGUGCGGCUCCGACGGGGUUCUCUACGAGAACCACUGUGAGCUCCACCGUGCCGCCUGCCUGCUGGGCAAGAAGGUCAUCGUCGUCCACAGCAAGGACUGUUUCCUCAAAGGCGACAUGUGCACCAUGGCCGGCUAUGCCCGCCUGAAGAAUGUCCUUCUGGCCCUCCAGACUCACCAGCAGCCACUCCACGAAGUGGAAAACAGACAGGACCCUGCUUCCCAAAAGCGUCUCCUGGUGGAAUCUCUGUUUAAGGACUUGGAUGCUGAUGGGAAUGGCCACCUCAGCAGCUCUGAACUGGCUCAGCACAUGUUGAAGGAACAGGACCUAGAAGGGGACUUUCUGGGGUGCACGCCAAGAGACCUCCUCCGAUUUGACGACUACAACAGCGACAGCUCCCUGAGCCUACACGAGUUCUACACAGCCUUCCAAGUGGUUCAGCUCAGCCUCGCCCCAGAGGACAGAAUCAGUGUGACUACAGUGACGGUGGGACUGAGCACAGUGCUGACCUGUGCUAUCCAUGGAGACCUGAGGCCACCAAUUGUCUGGAAGCGCAACGGGCUCACCCUAAACUUCCUGGACCUGGAAGACAUCAAUGACUUCGGAGAGGAUGACUCCCUGUACAUCACCAAGGUGACCACCAUCCACAUGGGCAAUUACACCUGCCACGCCCUGGGCCACGAGCAGCUGUUCCAGACCCACGUCCUGCAGGUGAAUGUGCCACCUGUCAUCCGCGUCUAUCCAGAGACCCAGGCACAGGAGCCUGGGGUGGCUGCCAGCCUGAGAUGCCACGCUGAGGGCAUUCCCAUGCCCAAAAUCACUUGGCUGAAAAAUGGCAUGGAUGUCUCAGCCCAGAUGUCUAAACAGCUCUCACUUUUAGGGACUGGGUACCAUUAUGUUCUAAAUGAAAUGUAUCACCACAGUAAAGGUUUGACAAUGCUUUCCUUUUUCCCUUCUGGCAAUCGUGUUCUGGCUUUCUUAAUUCUCGGCUGUACAGUGGCAAACAUUCUGUGGAGAGAGGAAGGACUCAGUGUGGGAAACAUGUUCUAUGUCUUCUCCGAUAAUGGUAUCGUUGUCAUCCACCCCAUGGACUGUGAGAUCCAGAGGCACCUCAAACCCACAGAGAAGAUUUUCAUGAGCUAUGAAGAAAUCUGUCCCCAAGGAGAAGGAAGUGCCACCCAGUCAUGCCAGUGGGCAUCUGCGGUUAACAUCAGGAACCGGUACAUCUAUGUGGCCCAGCCAGCACUGAACAGAGUCCUUGUGGUCGACGUUCAAGCCCAGAAAGUCAUACAGGUACAUUUCUUGAAGGGAACGAGGAUGAUGCAAAUUCUGGGGCAUGACCUAUCACAUGCUUCUUUGCUUUCUGCACAUUCCCCAGCUCCUAGGAGAGGUGCUCUGCUUGGAAGCCUGCUGGCCCCCAACGAGAAGCCUGGUGAAGACUCAAAUCUCAAGCCUGCCCGAGGGGGAAGGCCAGGUGUUUGUGUUUUCAUGGAAGUGAUCACAGAAGCUAGUGCUGGCCAGGGCCAGCACCUCAUCCGAACAACCUUUGCAGGAGUGGAUGAUUUCUUCAUUCCUCCAACAAACCUCAUCAUCAACCACAUCAGGUUUGGCUUCAUCUUCAACAAAUCUGACCCUGCGGUUCACAAAGUAGACCUAGAGACACUGAUGCCCCUCAAGACCAUAAGCCUGCAAAGCCAUGGCUGUGUGCCCCAAGCCAUGGCACACACCCACCUGGGCGGCUACUUCUUCAUCCAGUGCCAACAGGACACCCCCACCUCCACCACCCCGCAGCUGCUCAUUGACAGUGUCACGGAUUCUGUUCUGGGUCUCAACAGUGACGUAACAGGGACCCCCCAUGUGUCUCCCGAUGGGCGCUUUAUUGUCAGCACCGCCGCCAACAGUCCCAGGUUGCACGUGCAGGAGGUCACAAUGAGGGGGGAGAUCCAGACCCUGUAUGACCUGAAAAUAAACCCAGGCAUCUCGGACUUGGUGUUCCAGCACUCCUUCACUGAAGGUAAUCAGUAUGACAUCUAUGCCACCCUGGAGACACAGCCCGACCUGCUGUUCCUGGAACUGUCCACAGGGAAGAUGGGCAUGCUGAAAAACUUAAAGGAACCACCCACAGGGCCAGUCUGGCCCUGGGGAGGACCUCGCAGAAUCCUGAGGGACAGCGGGCUAUUUGGACAGUACCUCCUCACGCCAGCCCAAGAGUCACUGUUCCUGAUCAAUGGUAGACAAAACACACUGCGGUGCGAGGUGUCCGGCAUAAAGCGGGGAUCCACGGUGGUGUGGGUGGGCGAGGUAUGAAAGAGCUCAGCACAGAGCCCUGGGCCCCGCGGGCACCACCUAGUCCUGACACCGCAGCCCCAAGCAGGCGCGCUGUACAUUUUCACAGACAAAAGCAAAAUCCCGUAUCCGCUUUGUGGUUCAACACUGGUCUCCUUGCAAGUUUCCUAGUAUAAAGUAUGCGCUGCUAUCAAGAUUGGGGUUUUUUCAUUAGGAAGUAUGAUUUACGCCUCGAGCUGCAAUGAGAACAUAUGCUGCUGUGUAAAGGAAUCAUUUCUGUACCAGGCUGCACGCCGCGUCACCUGGGGAUGCCGUGGAACCAAGAGAUCCUGCUUUCCGGGGGACACUCCUGUCAGUUGCCUUCACAUUGUCAUCAUCCUGUCCCGCCAGCCCCAGCCAGAAUUUUUGCCCUGAACCUAGUGGCCUGGAAACAGGGCUGAGCAGGAGCAGGGAACUGUCCCUCUGGGAGUUCAAGGCCAUCUGUCCUCGCUUGGGACCUCUCUUUCUCCUUCACAGCCGCUUCUUGCUUUCCUUUCCAUCUGACUUGGCGUAAGCCUGAGGGAGAGCCAAUGAGACUUAUUACACCUUGGGGGAUGGGGAAAUCACUCUCUUUAUUUUGGAAAUUUUUGAUUAAAAAAUAAUUUUUUAUAAUCUCAAAUGCUAGUAAGCAGAAAGAUGCUCUACGAGGUCCAGCUAUAUUCUUCCCUGCCUUAGGCCACGUCUCUGGGGGUCACUCCUGAACAUUCCACAGCCAAAAGAACAAUGGUCAUCCAAAAAUAAUGGCCCGCUAUACCAUUGCCGCUCCUCUGCCCCAGGUGCAGAUCAGGCCAUUAGGUUGGUAAAGACUCCGUCCUGUGUUGGGAACCCAAGAGACCAGGACAAGCCUUCAUACCUGCUUUUCACCACGGAAGGGGGACAUUUCCCUAGCCAGGCCCGGUACCCCAGAUUCAGGGCAGACUAGGCUUGCCUGGCAAGGUGUACCCAGCCUCCAGACUCUAUGCAGAAGCCCCAAGGACUCAAGAGCUGUCCCUCCAGGUUCCCAAUGGAUGGAUUUCUUUUCUGCCCAAGAUCCAGACACUCAGCCCAAGUCAGCACUGCACAGAGGACACUUUUCAGGAAGUGCUUUAUACAUGUCACAAUCUAUACAUACUCCAAAACUCAGAAUCCGAAGACUGCAGGCUGAUAGCACCAAGUUAUUCCCUAAUGUCUCAGCCUAUGCAGGAGAUCAGGUGGGCAGCACAGUAGUACAGCCCAACCAUCCUCGGGGAGACCGCCUAUGUCAGAGACUCUCAGCAAGAAAGAGUCUCUGUUAACUUCUCAAAAUACCCCUUUCCCAGCCAGGUGCAGUGGCGCACGCCUGUCAUCCCAGAGACUUGGGAGGCUGAGGCAGGAGGAUCUUAAGGCUGGGUAACAUAGGGAGAUGCUGUUUCGAAAUAAAAUUUUACCAAAGGCCGGGGUUGUCACUCAGUGGUAGGACACUUGCAUGGCAUGCAUGAGGCUCUGGGUUUUAGCUCCAGUAUGGCAAAAAAACAAUAAUAAUUUAAAAAUCCUGUCCCUCUCUCUCUCUCGUGUCAAUGGCCAAAACUAUACAUGCUUUCUGGCUUGAUCAUUCUGUAAGCUCCAUGGGUUGGGAGAGGCGGCCCUGUCACAGACACCUCAGCUAUUUUAGCUACCUUCACCUGCCAGCAUGGCCAUGAUUUUGAAAUUAUCCUACACCCAGCUCCUUUCACUCCCCUCUGACUACCCAGCCCACCUGUGCUCUCCCCAAUUUCCUGACACCAGCCCCUUGUCUCCCGCAUCUCCUCUCUCUUGGCCAAACACCCGUCGCCCACAACUCUCAGGAGAGUGCCUAUGCGUGUAUGUUCAUGUUUUCGACUUUUUUUUUUUUUUUUAAGCUAAGACAUGUAGGAAGAGGUUGGGGAAACUGACCUCUGGAAUCUCAUGUUCAGUUUUACAGUAACUGGGACAGAUAGUAACACACCUCACCCUGUCACUGUUUUGUUCCUGCCUCAGUAUCCUGACAGAUUUACUCCUAAACUCCCAUGUUUAUCACUGAAAUUCUCCGGUGUACAUGACUUUGCCUCUUGGCAAAAUAGUGUCAACCCUGACAGAAGAGUCUCUGAGCCUAAAGGAAGGAAAAAACUCCCACUACCAGGCCAGAACAUCAGCCUGUCUGGGUCACAGGAUUCCUAAGUAAAAGAGCAAUCCAGCCCAAACUGGCCUUGUAAGUUGGGAGUGCAGGAAUUGACUUCUGCUCCAUCCACUCCUUUGCCACCAUUCCUCUGUCUCUAAAUGUCCCUGAAAGGCACACCUACUUUCCACUUUCCUUACAGUGAAGCUACUGAAGACGACCAGCAUGCAGGACACAGUUGAAUUAGAUCAGGAACUCACGGGCCUGAUGCCCAGGGCAGAGUUACAGCAGCCCAGCCCUAGGAGGCCAAGUCACAAAGGCCAGAGGACAAAAGUCUUCGUAGCAGUGAAACCAGAGGAUCUGCUCAGAUGGGAAGCAGGGGGAUGACAGACCAGACCCGCCUGCCCUCGCACAUUUCAGCCACAGAAGCAGCCAGGAACACGAUUUGAAACCCACUGGUGUGGACGGUACCCGCAGGACAGGUGGGCCUCCUGUAAAGAACCCAGCAGGUGAUCUGAUGAACAAAAAGAUUAACAACUAAGAGUUGGCAUCAUUAAAAACGGAUUGAUUUACCAAAAGAAUCACUGGAAGAUGCUAUCUACAUAAACUGCAUCAGUAAUUUUGAAAUACAAUUAAUUUCACAAAAAUUCAUCAGUUCUCCCUCAACCCCUGCCGGAAUAAUAAUAUAAACUUGUGGUGACAUGAAGGCUUUGAAAUGGAGGCUCUUGUUCUCCUUCUGCCCAAGUGAACAGAACCAUGCAUGAAAGUUCUGGAUCCAAAAGGCCCACCCAACCACCUCCAAAUGGAUGGUAGAAAGAAAGACUUCCUGGUGAAUCUCUUGCACAGGCACGCCUAAGAGUGGGCCACCCCAACGUGGCCAAGGCCAACAACCCAGCCUCAGCAACACUGACUAGCCAGCUCUACCGAGUGCUGGCCCAGACAGAUUUCUUCAGUUCCCCAAGUCACAUAAGUAUUCUGCUACCUCCCCCAAGACCCAGAAAGAAACUGGAAGAGCCCUGUAAGGUCUUGGCUGGGGCCAACUAUGAAUACCAAGCUCUAGGAACAUUGACCCAGAGAUAGCAUCAUUACAGAUGGAAGCUCAUUCCCUGUAAUUCCACCCCAACCCAAACAUCUCCCCAUAGUCUGCUCAUGUGUGCAGAAGAGAGCUCCCAGCUCCAGGUAGAUGCCCUGGAAGACGGCUUACAACCCAAUGAAAGCCAAGAAUGGCCUACCACCGUGGAGCAUUGUAACUGCUGAGUCUUCAUUUAGAAAAGCAACCAGGAGUUGGCUUUGUACAGCCACAUCUUGUUUUCUGUUGACCAAUAACCUGUGAACUAAAAGAGAUUUCAGAACUGAGAUGUGAUACAGAUUCAUUCUGGAUAUAUUUUUCUACAAGGGGCUCAAAAGUGUAGUCAAUUCAUUGUUCACAAUGUGUUUCAUUCAGGUACAACAGAUCGUUGAACCAUCCCCACUAGCAAACCCCACCACCCACUGCAACCCUCCUCUUCAGAAGCAAACCUCCAGGAGAGUUGAUCCUGCUCCCCUCCCUCCUAUGCAUCCACCAAUCUACCUCACAUUCUCCUCCCCUGCACCCAGCACCACUGGAAUGCUGCCCCAUGCCAGGAGGCCAGUGACAUAAGAUGACUGCCGUGCUGAUGUGGAAGUCCUCUGCCAGCCUACACCACCCAGGAACAUCCAUCCCAGUCCAAUAGCAAUCAGAACCCAUGAGAUGCAGCCCUUUGCUGUCCGGAAUCAUACCCUAAACCCUAGCUCACAGAGAAGAACCUUGCAUGAAAGUUGGAUUCAAGAUAAGAGAAAACUCACUCCAAACUAUCAAGAAUUAGGAUAUUGUCCAGCAGAAAAAGACCAUGACAUCUCAGCCAAACCUCAUCUUUUAGGGGGCCCAAGCUCCCCAACCUUCCUCUAUUUCCAAUUCAUUCUUUCUUUCCUGUUCCCUUCCUGCAACUUUGGCCCCCUGUUCAUGAGCUACUCCAUAAGAGCUCCCACCAUUCAAUGAGCAAAUGAUCUUGCUCCCACCCCAGUGCCCCACCAGUGACCUUUACCCAUGAUGCUUUAGGGUUCAGGUGAGAAGUCACUCAAUGACCAGAUGCUAUGAUUUGCCAUCAGAUUGGCAUACAGACACAGGAGUUUUGUUCAAGAAAGUCACUAACUGCCUUGGUUUCUCUCCAGAAUCAUAGAGAUUAUAAAACAAAGAUGCUUCAAGUAUUCAAAGGGGAGAAAAAUAUAGUGCCUAUCCUCAGCGUGUGACUAAAAAAACCCCAGGUAGCUGAUGGAAUUCAACUCACUUCCUGCUUUUGUCCACACCAGAUUAUCUGUAAGUCACUUGAGGAUUUGAGCAUCUUAUCUGGACCUGCAGGCUUUAGGCAUCAGCCACCCAGCAGACACUGGGACAAUGAAAAAGCAUUGUCUGAUGCCUCUAUAUCCUCCUUUGGAGCUGUGGGCAGCCAGUGGGGAAGACUAAUUCAACCAAAUACAAUGUGUGAAAUUAUGGAAAAUGAGAGAGAAUGGAGAUUAGCUUCCAAAAUCCAUAGCAAGGCUUUCUUAGCCAGCACCAGAGUAUUUUGCAUGUUUUUGGUUUUUUUACACAAAGUCACAAUUCACACACCCUUCUUUCCAAGCUCACCUUGAUGAAUAUGGGAACCACCCUUUUUCCGUAUGGUCCCAGAGAAGUUUGGCCCUGCCCUGGAGGGCUCUGGGGGACUCAGCCUACACUCCACAAAGCAAUAACUACAGACUGGCCCCUGCACCACAUCUGGUAAUCGGUGGCUCUCCACGUGUCACCAUGACAGGAUCAGAAAACGCUGCCCUUUGGAGGCACCCCCUUCAAGAUCAGAGCUUUGUUUCUGAGAAAGGACAAAUAGCAUUGGCUGCUUGUGAGGCCCAAGCACCCCAAAACUGAAACAAAAGAGAAGCCCUAACUCUAGACCUACAUCCGCUGUCCAGCAUGGCACCUGAAGACCUAUUCCUUGCUACUUCAGCUACUUCUAAGAGGCCAGGGAAACGGGCCUGCAGGCCACCCCAGACCCACAGCAUCCAAUGGGAGUGGAGACCUUGCUCCCUGUCCUCUCACACCCCCUGCUGGCUUCCAGGGCUGGCCAUCCCCUCUCCCGCCCUCCCCUGGUCCCAUGGCUUCCUACCUUUGGGCUGCUGCCUGCGCUCUCUGAAGGCCACGUGAGAUGAUCAAAAGCAGAACUGGGCAUGGAGUUUUGCUGGAGUGGUCGCACACACCAUUUCAUGCUCUCACAUCACGGAAUGACCCUCAAGAUGUGAAGUCACACACACCAUUUGUCCCAUUUAGAUUCUCAUCCUUCCCCACCUCAGAAACCUUUCAGAUCUCUUAUGUCAAGGCAGGUUACAUUAUGUUAAGCAGUUGUGUAGACUCCAAAAUAUAUUUUCUGUAAUCACCACUAUUUCUCAAAAGGCCUCCUCCUGUAAUUAUUAUACAUGUGAAUUUUUCCUUAUUUAUAAAAUAUAUAUAUAAAUUAUUUUUAAUACAUCAACUUUAGUAGAAAUUUGUACCAACACAGUAACAGUAUGUGGCAUUUGAAAUAAGUUUGUGUUUACUUUGACGUAUGACACGGUAUUGAACACAUGAUGUAUUUGCAGUACCACUUGAUAAAAAGAUGAUUCACAGGUUAUCAUAAAGUAUUGUCAUUGUAAAUGCUCUUUUUCUGAGGAUUUUGCAAUAAAACUUAAGAAAAGUUA